CGGGCGCCUCUACCGGAAGGAACGUCCGGGCCAAGAUGGCUGCCAAGCCAGGGCCCGGAAGUGCUGCCUCCCCCGGCUGUGCCGGCGCCAUGGAGCGAGUUCUACCCAUGCUGCUGGUGCGGAUCCCUGCCGAGGAGACGGCGCAGCUGGGACCGCGGGCGCAGCUGCACCGAGAGCUGGAGGCCCUGGGGAGCCUGACGGCUGCGGGCAGUCUCCAAGUGCUUUCCUUGGCGCCGGGCAGUAGGGGUGGAAGCAGCUGCCGCCUCCAAGGCCCCUUUAGGCAGUUCCUGUGGGAGGAGUCUCAGAACAGCACAUCAGCAGACAAGCCCAGAGUGCUUGUUGCUCGAGAAGAUUGUGGGCUGCUCAUAUAUGAAUUUGACUUGAGAGAUGGAAGAUGUGACGCAGCCUUACUACACAGCUGUUGUGGGAGGACCCUGCAGAAGCUCACUGAAGAUCAAGGUGUCAGCAUUUCCUUCAAGUCUUUGAGGAUUCUGUCAUUUGACAACAGCACGUCCUUACUGCUCAUCAAUGAGUGUCUCGUCGUACGUGUCGUGUUUCCGGGGAGAGAAUCUGGGAUUGGAGUGCUGGGCUGCCUCUCACUGCCCUUGCCUGCACAGGCAGUGGACACGAUAAUUGACGUGCAGCUCUGCAAGAGGUUUCUUUUCCUUCUGAGUACAUUAGGCUGGAUCCAUAUUUUUGACACUGUAAAGGGCAUGCAUGUAGCCCGCGUGGACUUGGCUCUUCCCCGAGAAGAUUCUGAGCAGCAGGAGCCUGCCAGCAUUUCUUCCUUUAUGUCACUGAAAGUGUCUCGGGACUUAGAUGUUUUGCUACUCGUCAGCUCGUCCAGUACUGCAGUUGCUCUUAACCUUCACUUGUAUUUCAGGCUACACCCAGGGCACCUGCUGUGUGAAGGAACUCUGCAAGACCUCCCUAUUGAAGGGCCUACAGGAAUAGAUGAAGAUGACCUUGUUAAUUCUGCCCACAACAUGAAACUGACCAAGGUGUCCUUCCAAGUUGAUAGGUCCUGGAGAGCCCAGCUGGCAUCACUGAAUGAAUCUGUGAGGAGCUCAGAACCAGAGCUUUCCUGCUAUCCUCCGUGGUUCCAGGGUGCUUUGUGUUUGGAGUCCCUGGAAUCUGGUAACCACUCCCCCAUUGUGCCAAACCACGUUUUCAUUCCAGGGGAUGUCCCGAGUGGCCAGUAUGCUUUUCCUCAGAAGGAGCACAGCAAGACCAGUGAGCCAAGGCCGUGGAGGACAAUGCACCUGAGUGAACAAGAGCAGCCCACAGAGCUCACGUGUCUGUCUGUGACGGGAUUUACGGCCCUGUUUAUUCAGGCAGUAGGAACGACCAGCUGCACCGUCGUCCUCUGGGACUUGGAGACCCAGAGCAUGCAGUGUUUUUCUCUCAGCCAGAAGUGUACUCCUGUAGACAUCAGCGGAGACCAGCAGCUGUGCCUUGCUUUGACAGAGAACGGCCUGUCUCUGAUUUUGUUUGGUUUAACUCAAGAGGAGUUUCUGAACAGACUGAUGAUCCAUGGCAGUGCCAGCACUGUGGACUCCCUUUGUCAUCUCAACGGUUGGGGACGGUGCUCAAUCCCCAUCCACGCUCUAGAGGCUGGCAUAGAAAAUCGUCAGCUGGACACGGUAGAUUUCUUCCUGAAGAGCAAGGAAAAUCUUCUUACUCCAUCUUCAAAAUCUCCUGCCCCUGAUCAGCAGCAGCACUUCUCCUCCCAGCUCUACCUAAGGCAGGUGGAAGAGAUGACCCCAGCCCUGGACUUACUCUGCUCAGCAAUUAGAGAAAGCGACUCCGAAACCCAAAGCAAGCACUUUGCAGAGCAGCUGCUUCACCUCACACUGUCUUUCCUUAACAAGCAAAUGAGGGAGCUUUUUGAUCACACUGAAGAGCUAGAUGAGCAUUUACAGAAAGGAGCAGCCAUUUUGACCAGCUACAUCAAUGAACUUCGGACUUUUAUGAUAAAGUUUCCUUGGAAGCCAGGAGAUGCCAUAGAUGAAUCUGAUGAAAAUGAAGAGGUCCUCACAGUGAAAGAAGGCCAGGUUUGGGAGGAACUCCGCUCUGAGGAAGUUAUUGCUGAUGCCAUUUUAAAUAACAGAAUACCAGAGGCACAAACUUUCUUCAGGAUUACUGGUCAUUCCGCUCAACGACUUGAGGAACUGGUUAGGAUAGGCCUAGAUUUGGCAUUUGACAGUUUAAAAAAGAACAGCGUGGAGGAGGCCUCCAGGCUCUUGAGGAACAUGGGCUUCAGUGUGGAAGACGAGCUGCUUAAGAUAAGCUUUUAUACGACUGAUAAAAACAUACGGGACUUUUUGGUUGAAAUUUUAAAAGAAAAGGAAUGUUUUUCUGAAAAAGAAAGAAGAACUGUGGACUUUGUCCAUCAAGCUGAAAGGCUUUACUCAGGACACUUCCAGGAAAAUGCGCCGAUGCAGGCUUUUCCCAGGUAUUGGAUAAAGGAACAGGACUGUUUCAAACACAAAUCUGUCUUGGACACGUUCCUCAAAUGUGAUACAAAAGAUGAGUUUACCAAACAGGACCAUAGAAUUGCACUGAAUUGGGCUCACUGGUGGGAUCGGCAAACACAGGAGUGUAUCCUUCUCCCCAGAAUAAGUUCAGAAGAAUAUAAAGCACAUUCCCCAGAAGCCCUGUGGAGACACCUCACAGCUCGCCAUGACUGGUCAAGCAUCAGCUUGUGGAUGGAAGAAUUUCAGGCCCAGGAAACUGUGUCACCUCAGCAGAGCAAGUGGCCUCCUCUGAGUGCUGCCGUCAUCGAGCAGAACACUUGCUGCAGCAGGCACAUGAGGAACGCGAUCUUAGACCAGCUGGCCAGAUGUGGCAUUUUUCUUGCAUCUGAGCUGGAAGACUUUGAACUUCUCCUCCUGAGACUGAGCCGGAUUGGGGGUGUAAUGCAGGAUGCCCUCCCCGUGCAGAGCUACAGAUCCUCGGCAGGGUGCAACUUUGAUUCCCAAGUCAUCCUCUACUGUUUAGAGCACGGCCUGCAGCAUCUUCUCUACGUCUACCUUGACUAUUACAAACUUAGCCCUGGAAAUUGUCCCUUUUUGGAAAAGAAAGAACUACAUGAAGCUCACCCUUGGCUUGAAUUUUUGGUUCAGUGUCGGCAAGUUUCCAGUAACUUGACAGAUCCCAAACUGAUCUUUCAGGCCAGUCUUGCAAAUGCUCAGAUUUCGAUUCCCACCAAUCAAGCCAGUGUGAGCAGCAUGCUGUUGGAAGGACACACCCUCUUGGCUCUUGCUACCACCAUGUAUGCUCCUGGGGGCGUCAGCCAGGUCAUUCAGCAUGAAGACAGCGAGAACUGUUUGAAGAAAGUGGACCCCCAGCUACUGAAGAUGGCCUUAACGCCUUACCCAAAGCUCAAAGCCGCGCUCUUCCCUCAGUGCACUGCUCCUAGUAUUCUGCCCUCUGACAUUACACUCUACCACCUCAUCCAGUCCUUACCACCCUUUGAUCCCAGCAGACUGUUUGGCUGGCAGUCUGCCAACACUCUAGCUAUCGGAGAUGCGGCCGGUCAGCUCCCACACUUCUCCAGUCCUGACCUGGUGAGUAAAUACGCCGUGGUGGAGCAGCUGAGCUACACGUAUUACUUACAUCACGGACGCCCAUCCUUCGCCUUCGGCACCUUUCUGGUCCAGGAGUUAAUCAAGAGUAAGACUCCCAAGCAGCUGAUCCAGCAAGUAGGCAAGGAGGCCUAUACCUUAGGGCUCUCCUCCUUCCACAACCCUUCGGUAGGGGCCGCCUGUGUCUGCUUCUUAGAAUUGCUUGGCCUCAGCAGCCUCAAGCUCAGAGUUGACCUGAAAAUGGCAAACGUAGUUCUGGGCUCCAGGCGUAGAAAUGAAGAUGCACAUCCCAGCUUCAUCAGAGAGUCUCUGGCUGAGAAGCUGUCUAAGCUUGCUGACGGUGACAGGGCAACCACAGAAGAGCUGCUCGUUCUCUUGGAGGAAGGCGUGUGGGACAGCAUUGAGCAGCAGGGCUUUAACAGGUUGUCCAGCGAAUCCAGCAGCCAGUGGUCAUUAGUGUUACAGUUCUGCAUGCUCCAUGAUAUGAAACUGAGCGUGUCCUACCUUAGAGAAUGUGCCAAAGCAAAUGAUUGGCUGCAGUUUCUGGUUCACAGCCAGCUCCAUAACUACCACCCAGAAGAGGUGGAAACCCUGCUUCAGUAUUUCAGUCCUGUCCUUCAGAGUCACUUGAAGCUGGCUUCUGAGAAACUGUCAUCAGGGUCCAUCUCUAAGGACGACAGCUGCCUCCAGGAACUCCAGAAAAACAAAGAAACAAGUGAUUUCUUUGAAAUUCUCCACCGGUGCUCGGAUGAGUCAGCUUCCUGGUGCUGGCUCCUGGCUGAAGCAGUGAGACAUCGGGUUCCCAUCCUCAGUGUCCUGGCCUCGUGUAUCCAGGGUGCCAGUGCUGUCCCCUGUCUCUGUGUUUGGAUUGUCACCUCUGUGGAGGACAAGGUUGCAGCUGAAGCAAUAGAACACAUUCAGAUCUCUGUAGAGGACCAUCAUUGGAGCCUCGAGGACCUGUCCAUUAUCUGGAGAACUGUAUUGACAAGACGGAAGAUCCACACUCUCAUCCGAGGCUUCCGGCUUUUCAUUAAGGAUUCCCCACUUCUCUUGAUUAUGGAAAUGUAUGAACUGUGUGUGUUCUUCAAGAACUACGGAAAAGCCAAAGUUAAGCUUGUGGAGUUCCAGAAAAGCCUUGAAAUGCUUGACACAGUGGCUACUCGGGUCCUUCCUGUCAUACCUGCCACGUGGAUGAGGGAGCAGGUGUGCUUCCUUUUGAAACUUAUGCCACAGCAGUGCGAGACACAGUAUGAGCUGCAGAAAGUCCUCCAACUGUUUGUCGGGAUGGAGCAGCUCUUCUCCGAUGGGCCAGACGUGCAGAAGCUGUAUCGGCUCAGCCAAGUACUGAAGGACACACCUAUCACCAUCAGCCCUGCAGUCAUUUCCAGCUACAGCACUGAGAGUUUGCAGCGUGAGUGUAGAUCUAUUUUGGAGAAGCUAAAGGCAGAUGGACAGUUUGCUGUGGCCAGGAGAGUGGCAGAAUUAGCAUCCCUGCCUGUGGACGGCUUGGUGAUUGAACAGUUAACGCAGGAAAUGCAAAUGCUAACACACACCCAGCAGUGGUCCCUGAAACAAGCAAGACUUGACUUCUGGAGAAAAUGCCAUGAAAAUUUUAAGAAAAACUCUGUUUCAAACAGAGCAGCCUCUUCCUUCUUCUCCAGCCAAGCCCCGGAGGCGAGUGAGCACCCUGCUGAGCAGGGCAGCCUUGAGGAGCGCCAUCUGCUGCUCACUCUGGCGGGCCACUGGCUUGCCCAAGAAGAGCCAGUUCCCGUGGAGGAACUGGAGGAGCUGGAGAAACAGAUUUGGCUCUGCCGCAUCGCCCAGCACACAUGUGGAGGGGCUGAAGAAGAAACCAAGCCCAGCCUCUCGCAACACAAGUUGGCCCCUGCUGAACUUUCUUCUGAUAGCUCAGCCAGUGAGUUCUCCUUCUCCAAGCUUGCUGCUUUGAACACAUCCAAAUACUUAGACCUUAAUGGUCUUCCAUCCAAGGAGAUGUGUGAGAACACACUGGAACACAGAGAGCAGGAGUCACUGAACACUUUGAUUGGGCAGCUGCUGGAUGGUGGCUGUGUGCAUGAAGCGAGCAGAGUGUGCCGGUAUUUCCGUGUCUAUAGUCAGGAUCUAGUGCUGCUGCUGCACUGCAGAGCCUUGGCCUCCGCAGAGGCCAGCAUGGAAGAUCUGCACUCAGAGAUCCGUGCCCUCCUCUCAAAUGCCACACUACCUGAGGACCUGGAGAGCCCUGGCGUCCCUCUUCGGAAAGUCCAUAGCAACAUGUGUUUGCUUUCAGCUUCGAGUUUGGACAGUCUGUCAUUUGCGAUGGUACCACCUACUGAUGAAGUGGCCAGGAGUCUCCAAACUCUCAUAAGCAGGUGCCUCCAUGGGAAGGAUUACUGUCGGCAGGUCCUCUGUCUGUAUGAACUUGCCAAGGAGUUGGGCUGUUCCUAUGGAGAUGUUGCUACCAGGGACAGUGAAGCCAUGCUCCGAGCAAUCUUGGCUUCUCAGCGGCCUGACCGAUGCAGACAAGCCCAGGUCUUCAUCAACACCCAGGGCCUUGAACCAGACACUGUGGCUGAACUUGUGGCUGAAGAGGUGACACGAGAGCUACUGACCCCAUCAGAGGGAGCAGGAGAAAAGCAGCCUUUCAACCUAGCAGAGGAAAGCCAGACAUUUCUUCAGCUAACUGCUUUGUGUCAAGACCGUACAUUGGUAGGCAUGAAGUUGUUGGACAAGAUUCCAUCUGUCCCCCAUGGGGAGCUGUCAUGCACCACAGAGCUCCUGAUCCUGGCCCAUCACUGCUUUACCUGUGCGUGUUACAUGGAGGGCAUCAUCAGAGUCCUACAGGCUGCCCGGAUGCUUACAGAUAACCACUUGGCUCCCAAUGAGGAGUAUGGAUUGGUGGUACGCCUCCUCACUGGCAUUGGACGGUACAAUGAGAUGACGUACAUAUUCGACUUGCUGCAUCAAAAGCAUUAUUUUGAAGUUCUGAUGAGGAAGAAGCUAGAUCCAACCGGCACCCUGAAAACAGCCCUACUAGACUACAUCAAACGCUGCCACCCUGGAGACAGUGAAAAGCACAAUAUGAUCGCCCUGUGCUUCAGCAUGUGUCGGGAGAUAGGAGAGAACCACGAGGCCGCAGCCUGCAUCCAACUGAAGCUGAUCGAAUCUCAGCCCUGGGAGGAAAGUCUCAAGGAUGGAGCCCAACUAAAACAGCUCCUGCUUAAAGCCCUGACUUUGAUGCUGGACGCAGCAGAGAGUUACGCAAAGGACUCCUGUGUGCGGCAGGCCCUGCAUUGUAACCGGCUCACCAAGUUGAUAACACUACAGAUUCACUUUCUCAACAGUGGCCAGAACACAAUGCUCAUCAACUUGGGCCAUCAGAAGCUAAUGGACUGUAUCAUGACCCUACCUCGGUUCUACCAGGCUUCUAUUGUAGCUGAGGCCUAUGACUUUGUUCCUGAUUGGGCUGAAGUACUCUACCAACAAGUGAUUCUUAAAGGAGACUUUAGUUACUUGGAAGAAUUUAAGCAGCAGAAGUUACUAAAACCCAAUAUAUUUGAAGACAUUUCCAAAAAAUAUAAACAACACCAGCCUACUGACAGGGUCACAGAAAACCUGAAGAAGUUACUUUCAUAUUGUGAAGACAUCUACCUGUAUUACAAGUUGGCAUAUGAACACAAGUUUUUUGAAAUUGUAAAUAUGCUUCUGAAGGAUCCUCAAACAGGAUGCUGUCUUAAAGAUAUGCUCGCGGGUUAGAAGGUCUGAAAGGUGCUUGACUGUUCGUACCUAUACGGCUCUAAGGGUGUUCCAUCACAAUAAAGUACUUGGAUACCUUUAUCCCCACUUGAGUUGAAAAGCCCAGAAAUAUACCACACUGCACCAGUCGUUUGUGUCUGUAGGAAAUGGAGAGAUUAGUAUUGAGAUCAAAAGUGUCUUGUUAGAAUGGCUUCUACAUAGAGAAACAAUAGUGCUUAAAGAACACCUGUGCCUGCAGGUUCCAGUUUCAAAGCAAUUUAAUCUUAUUUACACAGUUAAGGAACGGGUGAUACAUUUUCAUGAGUUAGAAACUGAUCUUUCUGUAAUAAAAUAGAUUUUAACUCAGUGUCAUUAUCACUGCUGAGGAAAUCGUAGCCCUUGUCUGCCUUCAACAGCAUUCACUGGAGUUAUUGCUAUGUACUCUCCCUUCUGUUAACUCACUGUCACUUAGAUGGUCCUGUUUUCCACUCAGUAGUCUACAGAGCUUUGAGGUUACUAUGACCUAUGGAAGAGAAAUUAGAAACAUUUUUGUUCUGAUUCUGAUAACUGGGGGCUGGAGCACAAGUUUGGGUAAGUUAUUUAAGAUGUAAUUCAAUUUAUUCGUAUAACAAUAACCUAAGCAACAGGCUCCAUCACUACUAAUAAAUAGUCCUAGGUACUUAAUUGGGUCUUAGCAUCUAAACAACAAAAUAAUUUCCCAAAUAAACAAGAGUAGGAAGGCAGCCUCUGUUGCUCUACAACUAUUGAAAGCCCAAACACUCUUGCUUCAAAGCUGUGACUACAUCAAGCAUUGAUUAGCUUUAGUGAGUACAAAGACCUCCACCCAAGAGUGGCAUUCUGUACUCUUAACUAUCUCUUGGGAUAUAACACAAAAUUUAAGUCCUCACAAUAGUGAUUUUAUUAAAUUAGUUGCUUUAUAAAACAUUGCAGAUGUCAUAAUUGUUAACAUAACAAUUUACCAAACUGUAGUUAACUGGUGCAGUUUGCUGAGCAUGUUUUAUAAAGAAAAGGAAAUGCCAAAACCCUGUUAAAAGUUUUUCCAUUGCAGCCUAGAAGAACAAGAUUUGUUUCUCAGACACUUGAAUCAGGCAAACAGAAACAGAGUUCCCUCCCCCAUUUGAAGUCCUCCAUCAAAAGAAACAGGCUGAUAAGUAACUAGACAGUCAAUGCACUGGUGAGUCCACACUUGCACUGUAAUAAUGGAGAAGUUUACCUUCUUCAGCUUCAAAGUCGGAGGGUUUUGGUCAUUAAAAUCUUAAGUAUCAAACUAGUACUUUUCAGCCACAGUAUCUUCACUCUGAGAUAAACAUUCUUCUUCACAACAAGUUUUUAAUAUCCUCACCUCAAUUUUAAGACAAAGCAAUUUUAAUACUAGGUGCAUCCCACAUGCCCUUGCUGCAAACUGCUUUUCUUGACAAGUUAUGAAGUAGUUCAAGGAGGUAUGGUUAAGGCUGUAUUACUGAAUGGUGCUGGUAAAUACUACACUUUUUUUUUUGUCAUGUUGCAACCUUUGUUUCCAAUUUAGUGACUGCUGCUAUGGAAUCGGAUAGCAACAAUGACAACAUUAUUAGGUUUGUUUUGUUUUUAAACUAUGAUUUAGUAGCAACUGAGGUUCCCAAUUUUAACCCCUUGGCAACAAGAUCCAAGUUCCCUCAUUUGCACAUUAGCACCUGAGUGUCAAGGGGUUAAAUAACCAGCACAAAGAUACUGCACUUCUGAUUGUAGCAUUUGGCAGAACUGAAAGGAAAGGAGGUUGUGCUACAUGUUGAAGGGAUUGUGGGCAACAGAAAGGAGACACCAGAAGAUAAAAUGUCACAUGAAGUCUUCAUAGUCUUGUACAUAUCCUCCAUCAUAUCCACCAUAGUCUGCCAGAUCGUCUUUCAUGGUGGCCUUUAAUCCCCCUCCAGGUACCACACCUUUCUUCUUCUUUUUGGCUUUGCUUUGCUAAAAAUGAAGAGUUAAAGUCAUGAAUCUUUACUUAUUGUGGGUGUUUCAUCUGUCAUAGCAAACAUUUAAAGAGGUCAAAGCCUCUCUAAAAGGUAUAACCUACAGCAAUCUUGAUUUUCUCAGAAAAGAACACACAUAUGUCUGAAUGGAAGCAUCAGGCGGCCAUGGGGCUGCUCUCUUCUAACCCAGCUUCAACAGGCUCUCUAAUACAAAUACUUACCUUUUCCUGCUUCUGUUUUUCACUGCAGAGCACAGUCAAUGAGUUGGUAAUCUUUUUCAAGUCAUCAAUUUCCACUUUAAAAGAGGGAAAGAGACAUACUACUAAACUUCAAUUUUUCAGCAUUUUGAAAAAUAAAAUCAAAAUAGGCAUCCUUUUAAUGUAUAAAAAUUAAUUUGUAUGUCAAUAAAGUCGGGUAACUCUCCUUCAUAAAUAACUGUUCAGUCUAUGGCUAGGCUCAGUGAGCUCAUAAAAUCCCAAUGAUGAACUUAAUGGCUAUAAGAACUGUAACAUGGACUCUUUAGUAUUCCCACUGCUUCUUACCUCCUCUCCUCAGCCUAAAAGGGGAGAAGAACCAUGGCCUCCUUCCUGUAACAUAUCCUCACAUUAGCUAGUAACACAUAUGACAAGCCUUCUACCCUAAGAACUGUAAUACAUUUAGUGGACAAUCUGCCCUGUACUUAACUGGAAAAAAAAAAAAUCAAAAAAUCAGUGCUUAGACACAGAAAAUGUUAGUGUUUGCUUAGAAAGAGCCCCAACCCCCAAGUGUGAAACACACUACAUAUAACCUGUGGGUAAAUCAAUCACAUUUGAGAAUCCCCUGCUUAGUGAUCGUUCCUCAAAGAAAAUCAACUACUAAUUCACAAUGACCCUUUCUCAAUCUUCAGCCAGUCCUACCCCCAGAUAUCCUUGAUGAGGCAUGUCAGCACAUACGUGCCAGCUCUGUUGGGCAACUUGGACAGCACCUUAGGCUUACAUUUGUAAAGUCGGCAGUUCUUGAGGGUCUUACUGAGCUCAAAACCCCUAGAAGCUGCUAGUCUAUUCCUUCUAAAGAUACUUUGUGGCUUCUUUAGGAGAUGACUGGAUAAAGGGGUGACCUGCUUUGGCAUAAACCAACUAUCUUUUGGGAAGCUACUACAAAACAAUGAAAGCAGCCUGCCACCAUGCAUUGGAGAACAUUCCAAAAAUAUUUGCUAAAAAGGAAAUCUCAACUCUCUAUUACAUAGCAUUAAAGCACUUUUAAAAAACUAUUUUUCAAAGUAUAGUGUUCAUAAUACAGUCUCUUACCCCCUUAGUUUUUCAAGACAGGGUUUCUCUGUGUAGCCCUGGAUGUCCUGGAACUCACAGAGAUCUGCCUGUGCUUCUCAAGUACUAGGAUUACAGAUAUAGCCAUCACACCCAACCAUAAUACAGACUUAUCAAAAAAGGGCUAGAAUCAGAAUCACUUACAUGAAAUACAGACAUCUCGAACUAAGGCUUCCAAAAAACUGGCAUAAUAUAGUGAUUUUUCAUAUUGUGUAAUUUUAUCUUUUAGUAACUUUCCAAACUCUGUGAAGUCAUCUCUUGAAGAUGGGUUCAUAGCAUCUAUUCCAUAAACUGUAUUAUUAACACCUGUAAGAGAGAGAAGUUCUGAAACGUUAGGAAAAAAAGCAAACAUUUUAAAUUCAUCAGUGAGAGGCUAGUGAAAUGGCUCAGUGGGUUAUAAGAGCUUAUCUGGAGCUCAUGUAAAGAUGGGGAGAGAACAGACUCCAUAAAACUGUCCUCUGACCUCCACAUAUGUUCUUAGACCCCAUAACACAAACAUUUUAAAGUUCGUAAAGCAAGUUGAAUUGCCAUAGUGUGCACCAUAAUGUGGUAUGGUGCGUGUGCAUGUGCGUGUGCAUGUGUACUUGAACUGCGUGUGAAAGUAAGAGUAUAACUUUCCUUCCACCAGUAAGAGUCCUAGGGAUCAAACUCAUGUUGUCAUCAGGUUUAUUAUUACCCUCUGAGCCACCACUCCAGCCCUCUGAAUCUUUUUAACCUGGGCCUAUUAGAGUUCUCAGACAGAAUUCAGGAAGAGCCUUCUAAAUCUUUUAAAUUCAAAACAGAGUUCAAGGCCUGGCAGAGACAGAGAGAAACUGAGACAGACUGACGACACUAACAACCAACAAAUAAAUUAAAAAAAAUCAUAUGGUCUGGGAAUGUAGCACAGGUAGUGCCUGCCUAACAUGUAUGAAGCCCUGAAUUCAAUCUCCUGCAUUAAAAGUUAAAAACAUAAUUCUAUGUCAUGAGACUUGUUUUGUUUCAAUUAACAGAUUCCUUUGUUAAAAAAAAUAAUAAAAGACCUUAUAUAUUUUAAAGACAUAGUUGAAAAACAGUAAAACAGCUGAGCAUGGUAGUAUUCAGGAAGCAGAAACAAGCGCCUCUGUGGGUUCAAGGUCAUUCAGGUCUACACAGGGAAUCCAGACUGACUUAGGCUACACAGAGAUCCUAUCUCAAAAACAAGCCAUAGUUUUGUUUUUUUUUUUUAAAAAAAAAAAAAAAAAAAAAGGACCCACAGAAUUCACUAACUUUCCAAAAACAACGCUCUCAAAGAUCAAGAAAAACAGAACGAACUGGGUGGAAGAUAGCUCAGUGGUUCACUGCCACUAAGUGUGACCACCUAAAGUUCAAGCACCUGAACCCACAUGGCAGGAGAGAACCAAGUCUACAAGAUGUCCAUAGGCAUCUAGGGUACACAAGCACAAACAACUUUUGGGAUGGGAAAAAAUAAAAAAGACAGAUAUGGAGGGCUGGAGAGAUGGCUCAAUGGUUAAGAGCACUGACUGCUCUUCCAGAGGUCCUGAGUUCAAUCCCCAGAAACCACAUGGUGGCUCACAACCAUCUGUAAUGAGAUCUUAUGCCCUCUUCUGGUGUGUCUGAAGACAGCUACAGUAUAUUCAUAUAUAAAAUAAAUAAAUCUUAUUUUUAAAAAAAAGGAUGGAUACUAUAAAAAUAAUUAGCUAACUCCAAAAGCAGUUUUCUCUCAGUGUUAAAAUCUGAGCGAAUGGGGUUGGGGAUUCAGCUCAGUGGUAGAGCGCUUGCCUAGCAAGCGCAAGGCCCUGGGUUCGGUCCCCAGCUCCGAAAAAAAGAAAAAAGAAAAAAAAAAAACAAAAAAUCUGAGCGAGCGAAAACUUAAUCUAGCCUCAAAUGAUCUAACAAUACCACAGACUCAGCAGUGCAGUAUAAGAAUUGACAGUUAAUUCCUAUUAACCAAACAAUUACUGUGCUAGUGCACUUUUUACUUCUUAAUCUGGUAUCUCAUAUGAGGUUUUCUGCACUGAGCAUAUAAAUAUGGCUGUCAUGAAUACAGGACACCCACAGUCACACCUGAGGAAUAUGGUCCUACUUUCUAAAGGAGGAAACAAUUACAGCAAGCAAGCCUCUUGCAUUGUAGAGAAGGGAUUAGGGAGUCAGAAUUUUUUUUUCAUACCUGGUAAUGACAAAUUAGACAACUAAAAAGUAGGGUCUUGAUUUCUCUUCCUCAGUUGUGCUGGCAGUUUUAAGUCAACUAGAUAAACUACGGAGUCCUCUGACAACAGGGAACUUCAGUUGAGAAAAUGCCCUUACCAGAUUGGCCUGUGGUGCAUUUUCUUGAUUUUUGAUUUAUGUGAGACAGCACAGCUCACUGCAGGCAGUGACACCCCUGAGUCCUGGGUACUGUAAGAAAGUGGAAUGAGCAGGCCAAGAGGAGCAAGCUAGUAAGCAGCAAUCCUCCAUGGCUUCUGUUUCACUUCCUGCCCUGACUUCUCUGGAUGAUGGGCAAUAAGCUAUAAGAUAAAAAUAACUCUUUCCUUCCUAAGUGGCUUUGGUGUGAUGUUUUAUCACAGUAAUAGAACUAUGACACUAAGAAUGCACGCAUUUAUCUUGUUCACUGAUUAUAGCUGUGAAAUGCCACAGCAGGAUGACCCCAAAGACAGUUUGGCAUUUAAUUUCCAAGCUACAGACUACAGAAUCUAUCCAGCUCAUAAAUUUUAGGAAAAGUGUAUUUUACUGAAUCUACUAGGUUGGGAGGCACAGCCUUGGUAUAGACUUAGCUGGCUUCCACUUCUGACCCUCCUGUCUCAAUGUCCCAUGUGUUACAAAGAUGUCUUAAAUUCAAUAACCUUUACGAUACACUAAGCAAUUACCCAAAAUCUGAUAACUUUUCUGUACCUUGUCAAUCUCAAAAAUAUAAACAAGAACUUAAAGAUGUUUUCUUAAAACUUCAAUUAGUAUACAUGUGUCCUUUAAAAACAUGGUUUUUGAUCUUUUAUGGGUAGUAAGAUGGGCAGAAUUUUUCAUCUGGAUAGCUCAACACUACACCCAUCAUCUUACCAAAAGUUUCUUUUGCUAAUUCAAGGUCUGACUCUUCCUGUAAUUUCUUUAGCCGGAGUUUAUCUGCUAAUUGCUCUUCGGGUGUUAGCACUUUAGAUUCUUCAGGUUCUUCUAACUAGAAAGAAACAGAAAUUUCACUUACAAAUGCCAAGCUUAUGGUGGAAACAAUUCAUACUGUAUGAAUUUUAUGUCGGCACCUAUAUAAAGAAGCAAGCACACACGAGGUGGUUACUGGAUUUUACCACUCAUUUAAACACUUUAGGUCUUAUUUCAGUUGUACAGCUAAAACACAGAAGCUGGGUGGGAGUGGUGUACACCUUUAAUCCCAGCACCAGGAGGUAGGUGGAUCUGUGACCAGUCUGGUCUAUAGAUGAGUUCCAGGAUAGCCAGGGGUACAACCACACAGAAAAACCUAGUCUUAGUCACCACUAACCCCAAAUUAUGGAGACAUAAAGAGGUGAGCAAGGUAACAGGAAGUAACAUCUAACAAGGGUGAGAGUUGAACCCAGGAAGGAUUUAUUUCAUUAUUUCUUGUUAUUUUAUCUAUAGUUCAUAUUUUAUUUUGCUUUUUUAUUUGCUUAAUUUUGUCUGUUUCAUUAAUUGGUUUUUUUUUUUUCUUGAGACAGGCUCUCUUGUAGUUCAAACUUGCUGUGUAGCUGAGGAUGACCUACAACUCUUGAUCCUUUGUCUCUUAACUACUAGUAUUAGGAUUCCAGGCCUAUGCUACCACACCUGGCUAGUUUGUUUUAGUCUAUUUUCAGCUUAAGGUUUUCUAUUUUUAAGACAGGGUUGUAAUAUGGAGCACAGGCUAAUGUGGAACUUAUUGACUUUUCUGCUUCAAUGUUUUGAUCAUGUCUUUUUUUUUUUAAAGAUUUAUUUAUUAUAUGUAAGUACACUGCAGCUGUCUUCAGACACACCAGAAGAGGGCAUCGGAUCUCAUUACAGAUGAUUGUGAACCACCAUGUGGUUGCUGGGAUUUGAACUCAGGACUUCUGGAAGAGCAGACAGUGCUCUUAACCACUUAGCCAUCUCUCCAGCCCAUGUCUUUUUUUUUUUUUUUUUUUUUUGUGAAGACAGUUUCUUUGUGUAACCCUGGCUGUCCUUGAACUUACUACUGCCUGACUCUGAGCAUUUGUCACAAGCUUAAGUUUUGUGUUCUUUUCUGUUUUUUCUUUUAGUUUCCAAGUCAGGUGAUUGUACAUGACUUUAGUCCCAGCACUUGGGAGGCAGAGGCAGGCAGAUCUGUGGAAGUUCAAAGCCAGCCUGAUCUACAGAACAAGUUUUAGGACAGCCAGGGCUAGAGAGAUGCACAGAUGUAGAGGGAGGGACAUUCAGUUGAGAAGGAGACAUUCCUUCUAUGAUAUUGCUGAGGAGGAAGGUCAAUUGGGUACUUCUCUGCCUCUAGCAGGCUUCCACCCCAGCAUCUAGCUCCCAAAUCUUCACUGAUAAAAAUGGUUGAGAUUUUGUUAAAAAACAAGUCAAUGAGAAAUAUCUCCAUUUUGUAAUCCUUAAUAGCUAAGAAAUGAUAAUCAAUAAUAAUGUAACAGGUGGGUAAGAAACUGAUGUAAUGAAAAAUGUAAGUUUAUAAUGGAACCAGGCUGUGUCCUCAUCUCAACCCAGUUACUUCUUCAGAAUCAGCAAACAGUGCAGGCAAGAACAUGACUCCUGAUGUGAGAUAGUAGAACGCACUGUCUACUGUUAAAAUGUCUAACGUGAAUCUCACCAAAAGUUUACUCAUAAGUUGCAAUUUAGAGUUAUGUUAUAAAGUAACCAGAUACAGAUAAAAGGGAGUAGGCUCUAUAAGACAACUAGCAGUCCAGUCUCUUUCAUAUAUCAGUAAAACAAGGGGAAGAGAAAGGGCAUGGAGGUGGUGGUAAGAGGAGUAAAAGGAGAAAACAAAAGACUAUAAGAAGUCAGCACAAUAACCACCAUGUGAUACACGUACAAGCUCUGCAUCAAUAGAGCAAAUUUAAAAGAUUGCUUGGAAUAACUGGGAGUAUACAUUUCUAUGUUUGUAUGUGUUUGUAUAACACAUUAAAUACACGCAUACAAAUUAACAUUGAAAUCUAGAUCUAGAGAUUUUUAGAAUAUCAGGUUAUAUUUAUGCAAUCAUAUGAAAAAGAUCCCUAUUCAGAGGCUUAAAGAUAAUGUUUCUUAGUUGUAUUAAUAUGUAGUCCUGACUAGUCUAGAAGUGCUACAUAGACCAGACUAGAACUCAAAUUUUAGUAAUCCUUCUGCUUCUGCCUUCCAAGUGCCAAUACUACAGGUAUGAAAACGAUCACAUUUGCUUUAUGAGACUGUAUCUCACAGUAUAACCUAGGAUAGUCUUAAGUUUUAUAGUCCUCUAAUUCAGGCUUACAAAGUACUGGUAUUACAGCACCACCAUGCUAGAUUAUUUUCUUAUCAUAUUUAUAGUUUUUUUUUUUUUUU